AUGGAUUUUCCCGUGUCCAAAAUGCUCGCCGCAAUGUCUGUCGUUUGCAGGCGGGGAAGGGAGGUUUCCCGAAUACGCCAGAGUUCGUGCAUCAGUGUCACAGUUGAAACCGCAAUCUUCACCGGUUCUGGCGUGUUCAAGCUUGCCAAAGUCAAGCUUGAAAGUUAUCGGAGACAUGUUCAAGUUGUCCGCGCUUUGGCCAUACAAAUCCUUUCAGCUCUGAUGCAGCCAGCCAAUGCUGAACAUGCAAAACUGCUGGGGAUUUGGCGUAUGAGCAUUUUGCCAUGCUAUGUCAGGCCUACACAUAACAAUCGUGGGAAACUGUGUGUGCAAAAUGCGCCAACUGCAGAAUUCUGCGACAGAUUCAAUGCAUUCAGCCCUUGCCAAAACAUCGCCUGUUGGUGUGUCAGAAAGCUAAGAGAGACUGCGUCUCUGAUGGGCGGCAAUACGCUGGGCCACAUUGUAGUGGCCACGCCUGGCCGCGUGCUUGACCUUGCCAACAAGAAUGUUUGCAACCUGAAGCAGUGUCACAUGGUUGCCAUGGAUGAAGCUGACAAGCUCCCGUGCCCCGAAAUCCAGCCGAUCAUAGAGGACCUCAUCAAGUUCCUGACCCCAGACAGACAGAUCCUGAUGUAUUCUGCAACUUUUCCAAUCACAAUCUUGGACUUCAAAAACCGGUUUAUGGCUGACGCGCACGAGAUCAACUUGAUCAAAGAGCUCACCCGGUGUCUCGCAGUUCUAUGCCUUCGUGGAGCCGCAGAAGGUUCACUGCCUCAACACUUUGUUCUCCAAGUUGCAGAUCAAUCAUGCUAUCAUUUUCUGCUCCGUGACCCGUGUGUAGCUCUUGGCAAAGAAGAUCACAGAGCUUGGGUACUCAUGCUUCUUCAUUCACUCUUGCAUGAAACAAUCCCACAGAAAUCGUGUCUUUCACGACUUUAG